AUGGAGCAAGUUUUGUUACCAAAGAUCGAGUACGAUCGGCUUCUUACGUCGGCGCAACUUCGAGGUCUCGAGUUUCAGCAGAUUACCAAAAUGGACUUGUCCCUCGCUCUCGGAGAGUGCUUUGAGCUGGAAGUCGAAGUGAAGGGAGAGGCAGGACACGUUGCGUUUAAGGAAUUGGAGAGCCUGAUCAAAGAAUACAGUCAAGAUAAAAAGAGUAAUCAAGAAAAGCAAGUUAAACUUCUUCAAGCGGAAAAAGACAAGAAACUGCAGGAGUGGCAAGACGUUAAAGCACUUCGGGAAAGUAGACAUGCCAAGUAUGAGGAGGAUGCAAAAGCCAGAGUUGUUGACAAGAUAAAGCGCGCGGACCGCGCUUACGAAUCUAGAGCAGCUCGACGAGUUGUGCAGUUGGAAGACACGAUCCCUGAGCUCACUGCUAGAGGUGGUAAUUUACGGAUCGAGAUGAGCGGCAUUACUACAAGAGGACCACCACUGCACUCGCCAAGAGGCUUAGUAGCCGUCGCAAGUGUUUCAGCAGGAGGUUCUCAUGUGGCUUUGGUGAUGCAGGAUGGAUCGCUGUACACGUGCGGAAUUGGCACUAGCGGACGUCUCGGUCUUCAGCUAAUUGGAGGAAAAACACGUUGCUACGAUACGAAUCACCCGCAACGUGUCGAAGCAUUCACUGUACGUGCCCGUAAUUUAAGUCUGCGUCAAGUGUCCUGCUCUUUUUCCCACAGCGCAGCAAUUGACUCGGACGGAUCAUUAUACACUUGGGGGUCGGCCUGUACUGGAAAAUUGGGAGUCGGGAUUGUGGAAGACGAGUACAAACAGUACUCAUUGACGCCGCUACUGGUCAAAUUCCCCGGAAAACGCACGAUCCGGUCGGUAUCAUGUGGACCUUCGCACACUGGAGCAGUCUCGACAGCAGGAGAGCUCUUCAUGUGGGGUUCAGCAAAUGGAGGGCGUCUUGGUCUUGGACAGCAUAUGAACGACACUGUAGUUGUCCCCACAUUGGUGAGAGAGCUCGUCAAGAAGAGAAUCCGAGUAUGGCAGGUGUCCUGUGGAACGGCACAUUCAGCCUUGUGCACUGAGGUUACGUCCGAAUGUACCGGUGGGAGCAAAAAACUGCUUGGUGGCCAGGUCUACGUGUGUGGAGGUGCAACUGCACUGAGUCGGUUUGUGUUAUCAUGGGAACGGAUACCCGAGUUGGACGAUGUUGGCAUUCGCCAGGUGGCGUGCGGUGGUAGCCAUACUGCUGCUGUGUCCUCCUACGGCGAACUGUUUACUUGGGGCCGAAAUUUUCAUGGUUGUACAGGUCAUGAUGCAAGCGUAAGUCGAGUAUUUAUUGAAAAACCAGAACUGCUAAGGUGUCUGCAUGUGGAGCCCUAUAACCUGGCGCUAGGCAAGCCUUGCCGCCAGAUCAAUAUCUACAACGAGCAAGGUCCUCAUUUGGCUGUCAAUGGGGAGACUGGGGGCGCUUUAGCUACUUGCAUUCACACUCAUAUGGAAGACAAACCAUGGUGGGAAGUUGAUCUGGGGCAGCCUGCAGUCAUCGAGAAAAUACGGUUGUGGAAUCGGACGGAUGAGCCAUUGAACCCGUCAAAGAACAGGUCGGAGUAUAGCAAUCGCUUGUUUCCUUGCUGGAUCUUCGUUAGCGAGUUUGCGUUCCAAGAUCUCGACGGCAAUGAAGGUCUCCGAGCAGCGAAAAUACAGUCAAGCGCGUUUGAGUUGUUCCGGACGAACAAACGCAUGACAGAAUGGGUCCUUCCAACGGCAAACACGGUCGGCCAAUUCAUCCGAGUACAGCUGCAAAACAAGAGCUUCCUCCAUUUCGCUGAAGUAGAGGUGUUUGGCGUCUACUCUGCCUUCAAGUACGUGGGCAAAGUCGGCACUGUCCAAUGUAGUACAGACGCCACAAUGGUUGUCAUGCCUCCCAUUUCGACUCAAAGCGUGCUGGAUGACUACUACCUUCGUGCCGUACAAGCUGAUGCCGACCACGCCACAAUUCUACGCCAGUACGACGCAUACGAGCGAUCAUUCCGCAAGUUUGGUCGUGGUACUUCAGAAACACUUGACGGGCCGUGUCGACUCUGUCGUGUCUUUCGUGAUUGCGAGGUUUGCCACGGGGAAGUGAAGCCACUUCCCGUUCGACUCGUAGGUGAUCGCAUGGGACUUAAGGUACGCGUUUUCAUACUAUAG